UCGAUCCUCUCGGUGUGCCCUACGUCCGAGGGUACCAUGCUAUAAACGCCGCCGUGUCCCGUAACGUCCGCUCGAGAUCGUCGUCAUAAUCAUUAGUUUACGAUUUUUUUUUCCGCGUGUAGGUGUAUACACUUGUCGGCCGUAUACAUGUCUGCAGGUGGCGUGUUCAUGACGCCCCUGAUGAUAACGAUUUCAGCGCAGUGGUUCCCGAAGAACGAGAGGAACAUGGCUACAGGUUUCUGCUCGGCCGUGGCGAUGUUGGGAUCCGCGGCCACGUACAUAGUCGGUCCGAUCGUCGUGUCGUCGAGCCCGGGCGAGCCGCCGGAGCCGCGUGCGAUACGAGAUCGAAUCAUGAGGCUGCUUUACGUUUGUUUCGGCAUCAGCGUGUUCGUCACGGUGUUGGUGUUGGCGGCCUUUCCGAAGCACAUUAAACCGGUGAGCUACCCGUCGAAACUUUCUAUGGCCUCGCACCGCAGUGCCAAACUGAUGCACUCGCUCACCGUGCUCGUCAAGAAUUCCGAAGUCUGGUACCUGGUACUGGCGUUCGCCCUGUCUAACACCAUGUCGGCUCCAUGGUCCGCGCUGCUGCCGUCCACUUUUUCCAAGCUCCAUGUGCCGCCCGAACUCAGCGCCGAAUGCGGUUUGUUUUUGAUCAUUCACAAUUUCGCCUUAAGCCUAACGAUAAGCACGUUCGCCGAUCGGGCCCCGGGCUACAGCAAGGAACUCGCCCUGAUCAGUCGUCUGGUGUCGUUGGUUUUCUUGUUCUGGCUCAUGCUCAUGAUGAACUUUCACGCCAAGCUCACGACCACGACUCUGGUCUGCGUGAUCUUGAUGGCGUUCCCGUACUGUUGGUGUAACCAGAGUCUUCUCUACGAAAUGGGCGCAGAAUUAAUGGUCCCGUUGCCCGAGAGCUUUGUCGCGGGCUACAUGACGUUGUUAAACAACUUGUUCGUGGACUGUACAUACGUAGUGUUGUAUUUGUUUCCUCAUUUCGGCGACUAUUGGCUGCACAUCGGCGUUUUCGUGUUUUCGGUGCUGAGCAUAAUCUUCUUGCUGCUCACCACGGGAUGGAGCAAGAAGGACACGGCGAAAACCAAGCACGGCCACGUGUAACGCACGCACGUAUUAUAAAUAUGUUCGUUAUUGUACUAUCCGUACGUUAUGUUAUGAUAAAAUUAUAUAUCACUUGUAUCA